GGUUUUUAUCAUCCUCAACUGUGUUCAUAUAUAAACCUCACCAUCCACUCCACCGUAGCCUUUGUCUCUCGGCGUUCCUCGAGUCGAAGGUACAGUUGAAGAGGGAGGAGACAGAAAGGGACAGAGAAGAUGUCGGAGAAGACGAAGGGAAGAAAGGAGGAGGUGGUCACCAGAGAGUACACCGUGAAUCUCCACAAACGCUUACAUGGCUGCACAUUCAAGAAGAAGGCUCCGAAUGCGAUAAAGGAGAUUAGGAAGUUUGCAGAAAAAGCGAUGGGGACAAAGGACGUGAGGGUGGACGUGAAGCUUAACAAACAGAUAUGGAGCAGAGGCAUCCGAAGUGUCCCUCGGAGGAUCCGUGUCCGCAUCGCCCGUAAAAGGAACGACGACGAAGAUGCAAAGGACGAGUUCUACUCCCUCGUCACCGUUGCCGAAAUCCCCCCUGAAGGUCUCAGCGGCCUCGGCACCAAGGUCAUCGACGAGGACGAGUGAAUCAGAAAAGUUGUAAGCUUGAAAGUCUUUGGUUUUUGUUGCGUCAUCAAAGUCUCGUCCUCUGUUUUUACGCCGUAGUGACUUUCGUACGAAGUUAUUCGAGUGAAGAUUCUGUUUAAUCUUUAUGUGCUGCAGAUUUUGAUAAGAA